AUGUCGUCUUCAAGAUAUCCUCCUCCAGCAAGGGAACGCUCUCCGCCGCGAUUCGACCGCCGAAAUUCCAACAACUACAGAGGUCAAGCAGAGCCCGGCUUGAGCCCGGCUCAGAGAGACCCUCCUCGUGGUCCCAAGGCUGAUUUCCAAAGCAGCAGGGGCUUUCCGUUUGCCUCACCUGCGCGUGGACGGGGAGGAGGGUUUCCUCCACCACGACCCAAUGACAACUGGGAGAGGGACCGUGAAAGAGACCGUGAACGAGAUCGCGAACGCGACACACGACCGCCUCCACAGUCUUAUCGUGGCCGAGAAGAUGACCGCGCCGAAUGGUCUCGACGUGAUCGCGAUUUCGUAGCUGCCGAUCGGACGGUCUCAUCAGCCAGGGAUACUCGACCCUAUGUCGGCAGAGAGCGCUCAGCCUCUCCCGUCCGCCCGAGGAGGGACUCGCGCGAAUCAAUCCCCUCUACCUUUGGUCGGCCCGCCGAAUCUGCAUCAUCAUACUAUCCUCCCGCAGGGCGGGGCGGUCUCGGCCGUGGUAGGGGAAGAGGCGAUUGGGAGCGAGGAAGAGGCCGAAGUUCGUUCGUGAGCGAUCGAGAGCGGGAGCUGUUCCGUCCACGAAGCCGUUCGAGGGAGAGUUGGCGUGAUCGCGAAUUUGACCGAGGCCGGCCACCCCUGGCCGAUGCUGACCGCUCAGAUAGGUACGAACGUCGCGAUCAUGAGCGCAGUCGAGAACGCGAAGUCAGACCGCGAGAUACACGGGAGCACGACAUAUGGCCAAGGGAUGCGUCUCCUGCAAGAACAUCUGCAAACACGGCUGCCGCUGUUACCACUCCAUCUGCCUCUCUCAACGACCGACCCGGAAAGCUCGAACUGGAGACAGGCAGACGACCGUCUGUUGUGGCCACCCCAACCAGCGCCCUCCGCGACAAUCGACGUGACGGCGAGGGAGCAGAUAAUUUUGGGAGUUCACGGCUGGAUGCCUCUCGCCGUGAUCCACCUCCGCCUUCACAGCAACCUCCAACUCCUAUCGGCCUUGACUAUGGCCCUCCGCCAUCUUUACCGUCUGUCAACACACCGGCUGCUGAAAAACCACCCCCAGUCAAGCCGCAACCUGCCAAGUCGGAGCAGAUAACACCUUCGCCAGCUGCUUUUCAACCGCCUAGUGGGCCAAAGGCUAGUAGAACAGCUGCCACGACAACCCUCACUCAGUCCGUGAAAACGCCUCAUCACCAAGAGACAUGGGCUCGCAGUGAGCCUGCGUCGCGCCCUGCCCGGCCCGGGUUAGCUCAAAGUGCAAGCAAUAUAUCGAUGGAAGGAACCACAAAGAAAGAGGAGCCACCGAUCGAGUCCAAGCCCCCUGCAGCUGAUCGCUCUAUGCCUCCAAAUGUUCCUUCUGGCCCGCGACUAGGCAGCAAUGCGACAUCCUAUAAGCAAAGGUUGUCUUCAAGUGAGCCUGUUGGCCCUGGACCACCUCCUACGGCACCAAGGGAACCUUCCAAACCUACUGGGUUGGAUAAUCGCGCUUCAGCAAUACCAACUGGGCCUCGCCUCGAUCGCGAAGGAACAAGAACGGGCCAAGCGAACGUCGUCAAGCCAUGGCACUCUCCUGAAUACAAACAAAAGCCAUCCAUCAUGAACACAAUGAACAAACAGUUCCAGCCUGAUGCUCGGGACAGGGGGCCCAUACCAACGGGCCCCCGGCAGCAGAAUGCGUUCCCUACGUACCCGGACAAGGCUCGAGCACUUCUCACACCUGCAAGUCCUCCCCCAUCGGCGCCGUCUGGGCCCAAGGCGUUGAUAGCAACCAGUCCCAAAACACAAGAUGCCAAAAUGACCCUACUCCCGCCCAGGGAGCCCGUCGACGGGACCCAGCACCAAGAAGAUGUGUUAAUGUCAGUUCCCGCGUCCAGCGACGACGAGGAUGAAGCCGAGGAUGACUCUUUCGACGAAGAAUAUUAUGCUGAAUCUGAAGAGCGGCACAAGAAUGAGAUGGUUCUACUUGAAGCCAAGAAACCACCGCCUCUACUACAAGACACGAGGAUAGUGUCCCUCCUAGUGAAACUGCAAUUUCUCCAGAUGAUAUCUCAAGAUCUCGUCCCGAGACCAACUCCCACCCCCGUUGAGGCCACGAAGGAGGAGAUACCCGCUGCUGUUACUCUUUCGACCGGAUUACCGUCUCCAAAACAAGCCUCAGAGGAGACUGGGUCUAAAGAGGAAGUACUGGAAGUGGAACCACCGUGCCCCAAAGGACGGCCUCUCAAGCAGCCACCAGUGAACCCGAUACCAACACCUCCUAUCGAAGAUUUGCCGUAUUUGAAGUCGAGAGGUAUCGAGCCAAUUGUCUUUGAAGAUUCGGACAACGAGGUCGAACACGAAGCGGUUUCAAUCCUUCUACAACAAGAAUUUGAACGUAAUGCCUGGGACUGGAGAUUGGAGCUUGAAGAGAUGCACGCAGAGUUCAAGGCCAGAUAUCCUCUGUGGAAGCAGAAGAUCCAACAGCUUGAACACGAACGGCGAGAAUUACAGGCUAGCCCUGCACCCGCUUCCCCUGCACCGUCAGCGGCGCCAUCGGUUACACCCUCAUUGACCCACGAACGGACGAGAGGUGCACGGAACACGACAGAAGCCGACUUGCAAGCCGCAAUUCUGAUGUCUCAGCAGUCCCUCAAAGAAGAAGAAGAAAGACGCGAGCGUGAAGCAGCGUCCAGCUCUAUGCCGAACUAUGAAACGGAGGCAGUAGUACCGCCCAUGUUAAAGCCUGCAGAUAUUGAACUAUCCCAAUUUGAGGACACUAACCAUCUCAUCCCCAAUGACUUGGCGCUGUAUGCUUUCGACUAUCUACCUCCCGAGGAUGAUUUUACGGAAGAAGAACAAGCCCUUUUCAUCGCUGCCUACUGUCAAAAUCCCAAGAAAUGGGGCAAGAUAGCAGAGUCUAUCCCUGGGAGAACGUAUCAAGAAUGCAUCAUUCAUUACUACUUGACCAAGGUUCAGGCUCACUACAAAGACCUUUGGAGACGAUCGCAGCCUAGGAAGCGUGGUCGUCGAGCGGCAACGACCAAGCCCCGUUCCACGGCUCUGAUGUCUGAGCUUCUCAAUGGUGACGAGGGAGAGGCGGCACCUGUGGCCGUUACAGACAGUGGAAGACCCAGGCGAGCAGCGGCACCGACAUUUGGAGAUGCUCCGAGUGAAGCUGACUCUUCAACACCUGUUCCACAAUCAAAGAAGCUUACAGCGGCUCUGAAAGACGGCAAUUCCGAUGGUAGUGGAGCUAAGACGUCUCGAGGCCGCAAGACUGGAACGGCCACGAAGGUGCGGAGGACCAAGGCACAAAUCCAAGCAGAGCAGCAGCAGCAGCAGCAGCAGCAGCAGCAGGCUUCUUUGCAAUUGAUUACCGCUGACGCCUCGCCCGGCGGCAAACCCGCAACUGCUGCCAAGGCUGAACGAGGGCGAACACUUGUUCGUGCUGAAAAUGUGCCCAUCAGGCCCGAACCUCCUCCUCCAAUCGCGCCAGCGCAGCUGCCGGUUGAAGCAGGUUUACAGCACUAUCCUGUAUCAGAUAUCCCUGGUGGUCCUUUGGUCACUGCUGUGUCGACCGCAUCAUCACAAGUGACGAGUUAUUGGUCCGUUCACGAAGUGAAUAAGAUGCCGGAACUUCUGUCGUACUUUGGCCGAGACUUCACGGCAAUUGCUGACUUCAUGAAGACUAAGAGUGCGACAAUGAUCAAGAACUAUAUAAUUCGGCAAAACGGUGAAGCCAAAGAGGAGCUCGAAAAGGCUGCCCGGAUCGGAGAGCAGAUACGUGAACAGAGGGGUGUCACUGGGAAAGGUCCCCUGCCACCCCCCAGUCCGAUCAUGCCCGGAAAACGUCGAUACGACACUACAUUGGGGCCCUUGACUCGUCCAACCCACGGCGAACCGAGCAUGAUGGAUGCUGACCCGGCAGUUGCAGCGAUCAAACAGAGCAGCAUUGAAGACUACCCGCGGAACAUCCUCGAGAGGACGGCUCUGGGCGAUAUUGCUUCUCAAGCCCGCCCAGUCGUACGCGAAACACAUCGUGAGGCCCCUCUGGUGCCUGCUCCGAUUCAGAUCAAGACCGAGGAGGUCCCAAGAUUAUCGAAUGACCAUCCCUCGCUCUUCAGCCAAAAACCGUUGCAUGGCCCGAAAGCUGGCGUAUUCCAAGACGAUGUUGGCUAUCAACCUUCCCGUCAGAAUCUGAGGGCAGCCCUUCCAGAGCGGUCGCCUCAAGUCCUUACGCGGGGGCUGGCGGAUAUACCUCGCCCUGAUCUAGGUCAACAAUCCUUUCUAGCCGCCAAUGGCACAGGCCUUCUAGGCUCGCGAGAGCAUCUCGUCCCGACCCAGCAACGGCCUCAGCAUCCUCCGGCUGCUCCUCUCCAAGGCAUUCAAGCUCACACUGAAAAAUAUGCGCAGCAAAAUGCCUUGCAUCACAGCCAUAGCCGUAACAGCAGCUCGACAAUUCCGAACCACCUGCCCUUGGAGACGCCUCAAGACAUGACGACUUUACGACGAAUGGAAAGUCAACGUGCGUUGUACCGAACUGGACCCACGGGAUCUCCAGCAUUGGCACCAACACCAGUGACUGCCUCCCAGCUGCCUCGAUCCGAGAUAUCACAGCCUGCUCCGGUGCCUCCUCCUGCAGAGCCCCCGAAACCCCCGGCCAAACGUUCGAAUGUAUUUGGUCUUCUUAACGAUGAUCCACCAGAUCCACCACCAAAGCGACCCUCUCUUGAAGCCCCGAAACGAACAUCCAUUCUGUCUCCACAAAUCACGCCUCUUCCCUCGGGGCAUAGCCUGCUACAGCAGCCGCGAAGUCAGCAUCAUCCGGAAGAUUCACUCCUAAACAGAACGGCACGAGGCCCAUACGGACCCAGUACCAGCAACGUCCUCUCAGCGGGCAGCGGACAGCAAUCACCGGCUGAUUAUCCCAGCUCAUUUUCCGCCGCCCCAGCUACUGGCCCCAGCAAUGAAGCAUGGAUGGAUCG